UUACAUAAGAAUUGCUGAUAACGAAGACAAGGAAGCCAUUCGGCGAAAAGGGUGUGUGUAGGUGGCACCAAUCCAGUGUGCCCGGCGGCACAGCGCAUCAAAUUUCGACCAGCAUCCUCCAAUCCAACUCCGAGGUUUCCCGCCAAAGUCCCCUCCUGCCUCAAAAAAAGCCCCUGAAGGAAGGAUUCAGGAAUCAGGAAUCGGGGUUUUAGCUUAUGCAAUCAACUCAGUGGGGCAAAUUAUUUCUUCUGCCGUCAUGCUGACAUGGCGCGUUUCUAUGCGUUUAAAACUUACCGAGGCAGUAUAGCCCCGCCAACCAGCUAUACCGAACCCACCCCACGAAACAUAUCUCCGCGAGUGAAGGGUUUACCCAACCCGAAACGGCAUGCGGGCCCCAAUGGGUUUGUUUUGUUUUGCCCCGGGCAGCCUGCUUGCCUGAUUUGCUCUAGUUAGUUGUAAAUGGAAGAGCCAAGGUUGCAUGUAUGGCAAAGGCCGAAGUGAGGGCCACCGUACUCCGUCGGUUAUCAGCAGGUUUCACACUCACCAUGAUAACGCAGCUUCUUUUCUGAUCAAUAUCCGCAUUGAAGAAGCGAGGACGUGCACCUUUACGAUCGCCGGCGUGUUUCCGGAAUGAGCAUGGCCAAAUGCCACAACUAACCAUUCAACGCGGGGGAUUCGUGCGAACCAGACUCGGAGUGACAAGAGUUGAUCACUAACGUGCGGGGUCGUCAGCUCGGAGUGCAUUGCUCUGUACGACCAUGGCCGAAGCAAGCAAAUCGCAUGGCUUCGCCAAGGGACGCUGGCUCGCUCUCAUUGGCUCAAUGUGGUUGCUCGCGUGCGCCGGAAACAGUUACAACUUCGCCAUUUAUUCCCCAACCAUCAAG